AGGGGGCGGGGUACCGCCUGAAGGUCCAGGUGCGUCGUCGUCGUCGGUGUCCUCUCUGAGGCGGAGGGAGAUGUGGCCCACCCCCCACUCCGUAGGGGCCGGAUAACGUCACCCUCGCUUGCGCGGCUGGGUUUCGCUGAGGGGAAGCUCGGAGGAGGUUGUCCGGCCGGGGCGAUGGACGGGGGGCUCGUAGCCGGGCCAGCGGCAGCGGCAGCAGCAGCAGCAACAACGGGUGAAGAGGAAUGGCGGUGCCUGGGAUGUGGGGACAGCAUUGCAGCCGGCCAGCGACUCUACAGGACUGUUAAUGAGGCAUGGCACAUUUCCUGUUUCCGUUGCUCCGAGUGCCAGGACCUCCACAACUGGUACUACGAAAAGGAUGGGAAACUCUACUCACAAGACUACUGGAGGAAAUUUGGCGAGUCUUGCCACGGCUGCUCUCUGCUGAUGACUGGGCCAGUCAUGGUGGCUGGUGAAUACAAGUACCACCCAGAAUGCUUUGCGUGUAUGAGCUGCAAGGUGAUAAUUGAAGAUGGCGACACGUAUGCAUUGGUGCAGCACUCUGCCCUCUACUGUGGCAAAUGCCAUAACCAGAUUGUUCUGACGCCGAUGAUUGAGAGGUUGUCCACAGAGUUCCUGUGUGAACAGCUGCCCUACACACUGACCCUCAUCUCCAUGCCUGCGGCCACUGAUGGCAAGCGAGGAUUCACGGUGGCUGUCGAAGGUGGCUGCUCAACCUAUGCCACUAGCGUCCAAGUGAAAGAAGUCAACCGUCUGCAUAUUAGUCCUGAUGUCCAGAACGCUAUUCACCCUGGAGACAAGAUCCUGGAGAUCAAUGGGACCCCAAUUCGCACACUACAAACAGAAGAGGUAGAGGACCUGAUUCGCAAGACAAGCCAAACCCUCCAGCUGUUGAUCGAGCAUGACCCUGUCUCUCAGCGCCUCGACAGACUGCGUCUGGAUGCCCGGCUGCCCGGACGGACGAAAAAGCCCUCCUCAACCUGCCCCAUAUCAGCUCUGGACCUGAAGGAGAACCUGGAAGGAACACUGCGGCGUCGCUCCCUCAGGCGAAGCAACAGCAUCUCCAAGUCCCCCGGCCCCAGCUCCCCAAAGGAACCGCUCCUCCUCAGCCGGGAUAUCAGCCGUUCCGAAUCGCUCCGCUCAUCCACAAGUGGUUCUCAGCAGAUCUUCCGCCCCUGUGAUCUGAUCCAUGGGGAGGUUUUGGGAAAAGGCUUCUUUGGCCAGGCUAUCAAGGUGACUCACAAAGCAACAGGGAAAGUGAUGGUGAUGAAGGAGCUGAUCCGUUGUGAUGAGGAAACGCAGAAGACCUUCUUGACAGAGGUGAAGGUGAUGCGCAGCUUGGAUCACCCCAACGUCCUGAAAUUCAUUGGCGUGCUGUACAAGGACAAGAAGCUGAACCUUCUCACAGAGUACAUUGAAGGCGGGACUCUGAAGGAUUUCCUCCGGAACAUGGAUCCAUUUCCCUGGGAGCAGAAGGUCAGCUUUGCUAAAGGAAUUGCCUCAGGAAUGGCUUACCUCCACUCGAUGUGCAUCAUCCACCGAGAUCUGAACUCCCACAACUGCCUGAUCAAGCUGGACAAGACUGUGGUGGUUGCAGACUUUGGCCUCUCCCGGCUGAUUGUAGAGGAGAGGAAGAAGCCCACCCUGGAGAAGCCAUCGGCCAAGAAGUGGACCCUGCGCAAGAGUGACCGGAAGAAACGCUACACAGUGGUGGGGAACCCCUACUGGAUGGCACCAGAGAUGCUGAACGGGCAGAGCUAUGAUGAGACAGUGGACAUAUUUUCCUUUGGGAUUGUGCUCUGCGAGAUCAUUGGACAAGUGUAUGCCGAUCCAGAUUGCCUCCCCCGCACUCUGGAUUUUGGCCUCAACGUGAAGCUCUUCUGGGAGAAGUUUGUUCCCACAGACUGCCCUCCGGCCUUCUUCCCCCUGGCAGCCAUCUGCUGCAGGCUAGAGCCAGAGAGCAGGCCCCCAUUUUCCAAACUGGAGGAUUCUUUUGAAGCCCUUUCCUUGUACCUGGGAGAGCUGGGAAUCCCUCUUCCGUCAGAACUAGAAGAGCUGGAUCACAACGUCAGCAUGCAGCAUGGGCUGAUCCGGGAUAAGCUACCUGAAAACCUCACCUAAUCCUCAAGACCUGUGCACACUUUCCAUAACUUGCCUGUGGGGAGGGAGUGGGGCAGCAGGGGCAUGAGGGAGAGAGAGAGAGCUUGUCUGAAUCCUCACAGGACAUUAACAAGGCACCCAUUUGCCUUCCGUCGCAUCACCUUGGACUACCUUCCUCCUGUGGAUUUGUGGCAUGUUCUGGUAGCAGAAUCCUGUGCUGCUUGUGACUUUUUAGUACUGACACUCUCUAGC